AUGGGCAUACCAGGUCCGGGGUUCGUUGUCAGCGAGGCCCCUGGGUUCCUUAAUCAAGAUCCCAAAAGCCCACCGAACGGCUCUGCGUUGAAGACACACAGGGCAAAGAACAAAGAACGAGAAAAAGAAGAUCUCACUGGUGGAACUCUGGCAGUGACGCAGCACAAUGACAACAAGAACAGGGGCCCCCAAGCAUGCUUCGACGGUACGGUUACCCCAUUACCGCUCCUCAGACAUUUGCAAGCAAUGGCAUAA